AUGAAAUAUGACCCGAAGGUUUACGGUUUGGUGCGAAGCAACCUAGUCUGCGGUGAAGCGAUGAGCCCUUCUACCGACGCAGAAUCCAAGAAUAACGAACUCCGACAGUCUGAAGAAGAUCAAACCAGUGAUGAACCGGGAGAGCCAGACGAUGGUCGCUUUAGUAGAAGGACAUCGUUGUACAACUCAGAAACUCUUCAGCGACUUCUUGUUGACUGCAUAACUUAUAAAUCCACGAUUGAAGACAUUGAGGUGGUCAUCAAAUGUGGAGCCAAAAUCAACGAAUCCGUGAAGCGGGGACUCAAGCCUCUUCACCAUGCCGCGUAUGGUGAUUACGUCCCAUGUGUGCAGUUUCUUAUCGAGAAAGGCGCGGAUGUCAAUGCAACAGACGACAUCGGCUACACGCCCAUCCACCUGUGUGCCAGGAAAGGAAACGUCGCCUCGAUGAAAGUUCUUAUUCAACAUGGUGCAAUCGUAGACUUCUUCAACAGCGAAAAGGGCAUUGACGAGAACGCAAAGGCUCUUGGAUAUUUAACAAUAGAACCAUUAAAUUUAGCGCUCGAAAAUAACCACGUCGACUGUGUUCGUUUGCUGCUAGAAAAUGGCGCAAAACCAGAUCAUCUGUAUUUCAUGGGAUACGAGAUCAAUCUGGUUCCACUGGAACACUUAGAGUGUUUGGAGAUCCUGCUGAUGUACGGUGCUGACCCCAACGUUUUUAACCGGUGUGGAACCUCGCCUCUGAUGAAGGCCUGCAGACAGCAGAACAUCGACGCCUGCAGGAUGCUGUUGAAGUACGGAGCUCAGGUCAACCUCCAGUGUCCUUCUCUGUUUGAACAAAAGACUGCUCUACACUUCGCCAUCGACAAGGGCAACAUCGGCAUCAUCCAUAUGCUGCUGAGACAGGGUGCUAGUCCGUCGCGUCCUGACAGCUACAAGUUCGCGGCUCUUCACGCGGCCGUCUUGAAGGACAGACCAGACGUCUGCGAGAUGCUACUGAGGUGGAGAGCAGACGUGGAAGAGAAAACGGACGAGAACGCCACGGCGUUGAUGUUGGCCUGUGCCACGCCGAGUCUCAAGUUACAGAGGGACCUGAUCGAGCUGCUGCUCCAGCACGGCGCCGACCCCAACGCCCACUCCAACAUUCUGAGCUACUCGUCCCCAUGUCUGUCCCCACUCACGGAGUACCUGAAGAACAUAGCCGAGAAGGUGACGUACGAAAUAGCGCACGCUCUCAUCAAACACGGAGCAAGGGUUAACUUUAAAGGAUCCACAUCCAUAGCUAGGCUGAAGGAUCCUCAUGGCGUUCUUCAUUAUCUUCCAAAUGACAAGGUCAAGGACAGGGCAGACAUUUUUGAUUUGCUAGCAGAGGCCGGAAGCUCGUUUGAUGUGCAUGCGAUAAAAUAUGACUCUGGUUUGAACACCAGGGAGAGGUCAAUUCUGACGCAGUUAGCCUCGAAACCAUUGUCAGCCAGACAACUUGUCAGACUUUACAUCCGGGAACUGAUGAUUCCACGGGUGCCAGAUAGGGUGAACAGGUUGCCGUUACCUUCUGUUGUGAGGUCGGGCAUUCGAACCCACGAUUGA